UAUGGGGUUCCGUUAAGCAACUCGGUCGUUGGCGUAAAGUUUCGCCAGCGGAGAGAGAUACGCGCAGAGAGAAUUUAUAAUCUAAUAGAAGAGAGAUAGAGAGAGAGAGAGAGAGAGAGAGAGAGAGAGAGAGAGAGAGAUAGAGGGAGAAAACUCGGAGGGCCAUAGGAGAGAGAGAGAGAGAGAGUAUCGUCGCUGUCGUCGUCGGAUUGGCGGUCUCUUUGAGGUCGCUGCAUCUGUACUCGGAAAAAAUGGUGGAUCAAUGCGCGUUAGGAUGGAUCUUGGCCUCUGUUCUUGGAGCUUCGGCUCUAUAUUUAUUGUUCGGAAAGAAAAACUGCGGAGUUUCGAAUGAACGGAGGCGUGAAAGCCUAAAGAAUAUCGCCACCACGAAUGGAGAAUGCAAAUCGAGUAAUAGCGACGGCGACAUUAUCAUUGUCGGAGCCGGUGUUGCCGGAUCCGCUCUUGCAUAUACUCUCGCCAAGGAUGGUCGUCAAGUACAUGUGAUUGAAAGAGACUUGUCAGAGCCGGACAGAAUUGUUGGUGAAUUAUUACAACCGGGAGGCUAUCUUAAGUUAACAGAGUUGGGACUUGAAGAUUGUGUGGAUGAUAUUGAUGCCCAAAGAGUGUAUGGUUAUGCUCUUUUUAAGGAUGGAAAGGAUACUAGACUCUCCUACCCCUUGGAAAAAUUUCAUUCGGACGUGUCUGGGAGGAGCUUUCACAAUGGACGCUUCAUUCAAAGGAUGCGCGAGAAGGCCGCAUCCCUGCCUAAUGUACGCUUGGAGCAGGGAACAGUCACUUCUCUGCUCGAGGAAAAUGGUACAAUUAAAGGAGUGCAGUACAAAAACAAGUCUGGACAGGAGAUGACAGCUUAUGCACCUUUAACUAUUGUUUGUGAUGGUUGCUUUUCAAAUUUGCGACGCUCUCUUUGCAACCCUAAGGUUGAUGUUCCCUCUUGUUUUGUUGGCCUCAUACUCGAGAAUUGCGAUCUUCCUUAUGCAAAUCAUGGACAUGUGAUACUCGCAGACCCCUCUCCUAUUUUGUUUUAUCCCAUUAGCAGUACAGAGAUCCGCUGUCUGGUGGAUGUGCCUGGACAGAAAGUUCCUUCCAUUUCAAACGGUGAAAUGGCUAACUAUUUGAAGAAUGUUGUUGCUCCUCAGAUUCCUCCUCAACUUUAUAAUUCCUUCAUAGCUGCUAUCGAUAAGGGUAAUAUCAGAACAAUGCCAAAUAGAAGUAUGCCAGCAGAUCCAUAUCCUACCCCCGGAGCCUUAUUGAUGGGGGAUGCAUUCAAUAUGCGUCACCCUCUAACUGGUGGCGGAAUGACCGUUGCAUUGUCUGACAUUGUUGUUCUUAGAGAUCUUCUCAAGCCUCUGCGUGAUCUGAAUGAUGCACCCACUCUCUGCAAGUAUCUUGAAGCAUUCUACACUCUACGCAAGCCAGUGGCUUCGACAAUAAACACGUUGGCAGGUGCCCUAUAUAAGGUGUUUUGUGCAUCACCAGAUCAGGCUAGAAAGGAAAUGCGUCAGGCUUGCUUCGAUUAUUUAAGCUUGGGUGGAAUCUUCUCGAAUGGACCAGUUUCUUUACUCUCCGGGUUGAACCCUCGCCCCUUGAGUUUGGUUCUCCAUUUCUUUGCAGUCGCAAUAUACGGUGUUGGUCGACUACUCAUCCCAUUUCCUUCUCCCAAACGUGUUUGGAUUGGAGCCAGAUUGAUUUCGGGUGCAUCGGCCAUUAUCUUUCCUAUUAUCAAAGCUGAAGGAGUAAGGCAGAUGUUUUUCCCCAAGACCGUUGCAGCUUAUUACCGGGCUCCACCCGUUGUGAGAGAGAGAUAACACUUCCGUGAUAAGAAAAAGAGAGAGGUUAUGUGAGAACAAAGGUCUUAAUGCUAUGGAUUUUGUACUAAACCUUUUUGGUUCUAUAGAUUGAUGAUGCCUGUAAAAAUCUACUCAUUAAUUAUUUUAUUUUUUUUUUUUCUGUUAAGUUGUGUGAGUGCUAGUUGUUCAAAACCUAGUGUGCCUCAGUUGAGAUUGUUUCUUUUAAAGAUGUCAAUCCCAUGAACCAGUUCGGAAUACAGUUUGGUAGGAAUUUCGUCUGA